CCCGGCCCGGCCACGCCUCGCCAACUGCUCAUUUAGAGCUUCGUAUAUAAAACACGGCAACAGCAUCUGCCAACCUGGGCAUUAGGCUUUCCCCCUGCUCGUGCCAUACCACCUUGCACGUGGUUCGCGAGACGAUCCCAGCCUGCUGAAGAUUGAAGAGAGCAAAUGAGCUCGACACACGCGACGAUGAUGUCGACGAACCUUGACUCUCAAGUGUCCCCAUCACCAAGCCGAAGCUCCACAACAGCAGCGGGCGCAGCCGAGCGCUUGCCUUCGGCCGACCCAAGCGAGCUGCCGUUCGCUAGCAAGGAUGGAGAAAAAGAUAACUUAGACCUGACGCGGAGCGAGCGCGAUCAGUUAGGUGUUGAGCUCGACCCGACCGAUCGCGAGCUGCUCAAGGAAGUGCAUCAGCGGUCCAAGAGUCUUGACCGAAAACCCUCAAUGUCAUUCGUGGAGCCGCCAGGGCGGCGAGCGCCGCGUCCCACGGACGAGAAGCAGCUGGAAGACGGCUUUGCGGGUGGGCUCAAGCCGACACGCACUUUUUCUCGGCGCGAUCGUGAAGCUUCCUAUGCGGGAGAAGACGUGCACAUGUUCGGCGGAGACCUGCACCGGCAGGAGACAGAGUUGGCGCUGUCGAGGUUCGAGAGUCAAGCAGGCAGGGAUCAGAUCGUCGUCCACUGGGAAGGGGAGGACGAUAGUGAGAACCCAAAGAACUGGAGCAGGGCGUAUCGCUGGUACCUCACUGCGCUUUCCGGCGUUCUGGUUCUCAAUUCAACAUUCACAUCGUCGGCGCCGAGUGGCAUCCUGGCCAUGCUGGAGAAGGACUUGCAUAUGUCGCAAGAGGUAGCAACCUUGACGAUUGCCAUCUUCGUCGCGGGCUACUGUCUUGGCCCUCUUGUCUGGGGUCCAUUGUCGGAGCGGAAAGGCCGCUAUCCAUGCUUCAUUAUUGCUCUCACGGCAUACACUGCCUUUAACAUUGGCUGCGCACUCAGCAAGAACACUGCCUCGAUGCUCGUCUUCCGUUUUUUGGCCGGCUCGUUCGCCUCUAGUCCGUUGACCACAAGUGGAGGAAUCAUUGCAGACGUAUGGGAUGCCAAGACGCGGGGCCUGGCGCUGAGUCUCUUCUCGCUCGCGCCUUUUGCAGGACCAGCUCUCGGUCCCAUUGUCUCUGGUGCGAUCAGUGUCACUGAUACUAACUGGCGCUGGCUUUUCUGGGUCUGCACCAUCUUCUCGGGUGUCUGCUGCAUCGUGACUGCGGUGACGCUGCGUGAGACGUACGCGCCGAUCAUCCUGGUCCGCAAGGCCAGACGGAUCCGCAAAGAGACCGGCAGCGAGAAAUAUGUCGCGCCGCUGGAGCUGGCGCCCCUCAAAGCGAAGGACCUGCUGCACGCGACGCUACUCAAGCCCUUCGCCAUGCUGUUCAUGGAGCCGAUGCUGCUCGCGCUUACUGUCUACCUCUCUUUCGUCUACGGCAUUGUCUAUUUGUUGUUCGAGGCCUUCCCGUUCGUGUUCCAAGGCGUGUACGGCUUCAACUCGCUUGUCAGCGGCCUGAUGUUCCUGCCGUUCUUCCUUGGUGGCGUAGUAGGAACGAUCCUGUACGCGGUGAUCGAGAACCCGCGCUACGUCCGCAUGGCCGAUCAGGCGAGGAACGGGCGCGUCGCGCCGGAGCAGCGUCUGCUCAUUGUCAUGAUUGCCGGGCCGGCGCUCGCCAUCUCCUUCUUCUGGUUCGGCUGGACUUCGUACCGCAGCAUCAGCUUCUGGUGCCCGAUGAUGGCCGGCGCCCUGCUCGGCUUUUCCAUCUUGUUCAUCUUCUUGGGCCUCUUCAAUUACAUUGUUGAUGCGUAUAUCGCGAACGCUGCGUCCGCUCUCGCUGCGAACACCGUCUGUCGGUCCGCUUUCGGAGUGGGAUUCCCAAUGUUCGCCGCUCAGAUGUACACUCGCCUCAACCAGCACUGGGCUUCCACGCUCUUGGGCUGCAUCGGUGUCCUGCUCGCGCCAGUGCCAUUUGUGCUGUACGCCUAUGGGCCAAAACUGCGUGCGAUGUCGAAGCACGCUGCCGACUUUUGAGCCCCUUGCUUCCGCUCUACCUCCCACUCCCGCAUUUGCACGGACAUGUGCCAUUCGCUCGGGACGUUCACUGCACCCGUCGGGUUAUUUCGCGCGGAACUCCCACCCUGCUAAAUGAAACGCUAUACAUCGCUUUUCCUUUUGCUUCGCUAUUCACUCACAAUCAUUACCAUAGUCCACAUUCUCUCCACAUAGAAAGCCCUGUCGCACUUGGCAUCUUGUGUUCUUGCAAUACUAAUACAUGGCAUUGACAUGGG